AUGGCGAACCCUCUCGACACCGAUGCGGGCUCCGAGCUCUUCGCCUCCUACGAGGCCGAGUUCAAGCUCGUCCAAGCCGAUCUAGACCAGAAACUAGACCAAGUCCCCGAACUCACCGGCGAACCCCGCAAGGCAGCCAUUUCCCAAGCAGAGCGCGCUCUCGAGGAAGCUGACGAACUCCUCGCCCAAAUGCGCCUCGAAAAACAAAACAUCCCCUCUUCCCAACGCCCCAAAAUAAACUCCCGCCUGCGCACCCACGAAUCCGCCGUCUCCGCCGCAAAAUCCAAACUCGCCUCCCUAGCCUCCGACCGCGCCUCCCUCUUCGGCGCCCGCUACCGCGACGACCCCGAGAACCCUUCCUCCUCCGCCAACGCCGACAUCCAGCUCGCCCAGCGCCAGCAGCUCCUCUCGGGCACCGAGCGCCUCGAUCGCUCUACCCAGCGCCUCAAGGCCUCUCAGGCCCUCGCUAACGAGACGGAGGCUAUCGGCGCGGCGGCCCUGGCGGAUCUGCAUCAGCAGAGGGAGACCAUUCUGCAUACCCAGGGCGUGCUGGGGCAGAGCGAGGGUUAUGUCGAUAGGAGCGUUAAGACGCUGAGGGGCAUGGCCCGUAGGAUGGCUACCAACCGGGUAAUCACCAUCGCCAUCAUCACCGUGCUUGUCCUCCUCAUCAUGGCCGUCAUUUUCAGCAAGUUCAGGUGA